AAAAGUAUUAAAUAAAAAUAUUUAAAAAUCGUUUGUUAGCCUACGGUUUUUUUACAUGUAUCAACAAUAAUGAUAACUUAAGCUACAAACAAAUAUCAAACAUGAAGAUGACUGUUCCUAAAUUGUACGAAAGCGAGGAUUAUUUGAUUGUAAAUAAACAGUAUGAUAUGUACAUAAACUCAGAAGAUGAAAACGAAAAGAAUUCAGUAACGUACAACAUCGCCAAACAUGACUCCCAUCAUUCUACAUCCUCAAAUCCAUUGCAUUUUGUUCACCGCCUCGAUUACGCUACCAGUGGUGUAUUAUGCAUAGCAAAAAAUAAACGCGCAUCAGCUAUCGCAGGAAAAUUAUUUGAGAAACGAGAAACUAAGAAAUAUUAUUUAGCGGUUGUUAGAGGGCAUGUUGAAUUUGAAUUAUGUGAUAUUGAGUAUUCUGUUGGUACUGACGCUUUGACAGCAUCAUCAUCGCACAAAAUGGUGGCGGUUAUGUCGCUGCCAGAAACUGCAGUAACUACAACGGUACAUCCACGACCGGCGCAUACUCGUGCCCUUCUCCUAGAAACUGGUUACUACUGCAACGAUCCCGUUAGUGUGAUAUUGUUGAAACCUGUCACUGGUCGUAGGCACCAGCUCCGCGUACACUGUGCUGCCAUUGGGCACACAAUACUUGGUGACUACACCUACAGCAAUGCCGAAGAUUCGGCACCGCAUCGAAUGUUUUUACAUGCCAUGAGGUUGAUCUUGCCUUUACCACAAGAGACAUUCGAUAUUCAAACAUCAGAACCAUUUUUCUCGGAUGAAAGGUUCUCUUCAAAAUAUCGCUCCUUGCGCAAAUUACACACGUUCUGGAGUAAAAAUGAAUUUAUAAAAGUUUGUGACGCUACAGAUCAGCCACUUACGAUAGGUGUAAAAUAUAAAAUAUUUAAGCCACAUACAAAUUACGAAUCUAGCUCGUUUACUGAUAACAAAGAUAAACAUUAGUUAAGCAUUUCACAGCAUUGUCAAA